AUGCCUACUUGGCUUUCUACCGUCAGCGAGGGCGACGACGCCUACAAAGAGACCGGCUGUCUCUGCCAUAUCGGCAGUAGUAGCGGCGUGGACGAGUGGUGGUCGUUCUUGCACAGGCGCGCGAUCGCAGGGUGCUCAUUAGAGAACGUGCCAGCAGCUCAGCUGAGACGCCAGCUUCAGCCUCAACGUCCAGAGACCCCGCCGCAACCCUCAUGCUUCGUGCCGUUCCGCCGCGAUGCCGACUUUGUCGACCGUGGCACGCUGCUCGAUCAGAUCCGCGAACGAUGCGCGGCGCCAGCAUCGCGAGUAGCUCUGGUGGGCCUCGGUGGGGUGGGGAAGUCGCAGCUGGCUAUCGAGCACUGCUACCGCACAGCCGAGCAGUCGCCGGAGACGUGGGUGUUGUGGGCGCACGCCAGCAAUGCAGCUCGACUCGAGCAGAGCUUCCGCGAGAUAGCCGACCAGGUUAAGGUUCGCGGCCGGAAGGACCCGCACGCAGAUGUGUUUAAGCUAGUGCACGACUGGCUGCGCGACGCAAAGAACGGGCAAUGGCUGUUAGUACUCGAUAAUGCCGACGAUGCUGCUGUGCUUUCUCCAACAGGCGGCAGGAGCAACACUCUCCAGCAGCAUCUAUCGAGGUAUCUGCCCUCAAGCAGGCACGGCUCUGUCCUGGUAACAAGCCGGACAAAGCGCGUGGCAAUGCAGGUCGUAGAAGACAGCGAUAUCAUAUUAAUAGAGCCAAUGCACGAUGCGGCUGCACAUAUAUUACUCCGCAAGAAGUUAGGGAACAUAGAAGAGGAAGACAGCAGCAUUGCCCAGCUUGCAAUGACGCUUGAUCACAUGCCGCUUGCUCUUGUACAGGCGGCAGCAUACAUUCGGGAACGAGCGUCGCGCUGCUCAGUGCGGCAGUACCUAGAGGAGUAUCGGCAGAACGACAGUAGGAAGACAAGCCUGCUGAACCGCGAGGCGGGUCAUCUUCGCCGAGAUAGAGCAGCCAGCAACGCUGUCCUCAUAACGUGGCAGAUCUCAUUCGACCACAUACGUAACACAAGACAGUCAGCGGCAGGCCUGCUGUCGCUGAUGAGCUUCUUCGACCGACAGGGGAUCCAAGAAGCUCUGCUCCAUCGUCAGAGCAGCACAGUAGCCGAACACGGGUUGGCUAUACAGCUGAAUGACGGGUUUGAGGACGAUGUGCUGGCCCUACGGGACUACUCAUUCAUUGCAGUGACUAGAGAUGCGAGCACGUUCGAGAUGCAUAGCCUAGUGCAGCUAGCGACGCGUACGUGGCUGGAGAAUGAAGGGCAGCUAGACAAGUGGAGGAAGCAGUUUAUUUCUAUCCUUUGCGCAGAGCUGCCGACAGGAGAGCAUAAGAACUGGGAGAAGUGCCAGGCGCUGUUUCCACACGCACAGGCGGCAUUAGCACAGCGGCCGCAAGAUAGAGAGUCGCUGAAGGAGUGGGCGCUCUUACUGUACAAGGCGGCGUGGUACGCAUGGCAGCGAGGAACAGCAGACGAGGCAGAGCAGAUGUCAGUGACGUCUAUGGAGGUCAGGAGCGAGGUGCUUGGGGAACAAGAUGCGGAGACGUUGACAAGCAUGGAGAUGGUGGGACUAGCUAGAACGCUUGGGGGCAAGUACGGAGAGGCAGAGACGAUGUACAGACAGACGCUGGCCCUAAAGGAGAAAGUGCUCGGGGAUAAGCAUCGAGACACGCUGGGGAGCAUGAACAACUUGGCGUCAGUGCUGAACAGCCAGGGCAAGCAGGGCAAGUACGAAGAGGCGGAGGCGAUGCACAGACAGACGCUGGCGCGGAGGGAGAAGGCGUUAGGGUAUAAGCAUCCAGACACGCUGGGUAGCGUAUACCGUCUUGCCAGCCAUCUUGCAUAUCAGCAUUGCUAUAACGAAGCCCUUGCGCUGUACAAUAGAGCAUGCGCUGGGUACCAAGCCGUCCUUGGGAAAGAUCAUCCAACCACUCGUAUGUGUCGCCAGCAUUACGUCAACGCGCUCGCAUUGCAGGAGAAGAGUGAGCUUACCAUUUCUUUUAUGAUGGCAGAUGGCAGCGCGCGUGCACGCAUAGGCAAAGUGCCAAAGCUGCUACGCGGAUUAGCAAAGAUAGGCAUUAGAAGUUCAAAGUCCUCUGCGAGACAAGGAUAA